CAUGAGCCACUGUGCCCAGCCUGCACCUUGAUUUUCUUCACUUCAUAGUAUAUCCUGAAAUCUUUACCCCUCAGCGUACAAAAAACCAUAUGAUUUACACCAAACUCCUUACUAUUAUGACUUCUCUUCUAUGUCAGGCACUAUUCCAGCCACUUUAAAUUCAGUAUCUUUCCUAAAAGUACUCCCAUUUUGUGGAUGAAUAAAUGGAGGUUGAGGAACUUGUCCCAAGCCUCACAGUAAGUGGCCAAGUGGGGAGUUCGGCCCAGUACUGUCUGUUUCUUUGUUUGCUUAACUGUCAUUGCUGUCUUCGCUAUUACUUGAUUUUUGUGUUUUUGUCAUCCCCUUGCAGACGUUUCUGAGUUAUGACAGCCUCGACAAGAAUGGUCUCCUUGUUCCUGAACAUUGGUGAUGUGAUGCAACCUCCUAAUGAGACAUGUCAGUGUGCCCAGAUCUGCAGUGAUGGCUGUGUGUUUUCUUAAGACGUUAGUCCACGGUUACUUGAAAUUCCCUCAAAGCCACAGCCAGUCCUUUCCCUUGGCUUGUUUCACAAAUCUGGUUUCCCAGGGUCACAGAUACCUGAUGCUUUCUGGCUGUCUCCUUUUGUCAGUGGAGCAGAGACCCAUCCACUUCUUACUGAGCCUCCCCAGAUACUUCCUGUUAUGUUUGAUGAGUAAGGAUGAAUCGUAAGAAGUCAGCCUUUCUCUUCCUCCUGAAAGCAGAAGUGAUUCUUACUGAGAUGUCCAACUUUGUCAUUAGCCGAAUUGUAAGGUCUUACCUUGUUGUCUUUUUUUUUUUUUUAAAUAAAGAUGAGAUCGUGCCAGACAGUGAGAUAAAUUAUGGAAUGAUUGUUUUACUCAUGACUUCUGUUCUUUUCAGAACUCAGUGAAGUGAGAAGUCUGGGGAAAAGGGUUUACAGUCCACCGGAAGUCUCUACUUAACCAGAGACUUCUGGUAAUCAGCCUUUGUUGAUGUCAUUCUGAAAUUCUUCUAAAUGGUCUUCAGAAAAUUGAUUUUUAAAUGAGUCCUGUAGGAUUUCAGUGUUAUUUAUUAUUCCUAAAUUAAAAUCUAAACCAUUUAAUAACACUAAAUGUUGAUCAGAAUGUGGGUAUGAGUCCUCCUAGAUAUGGCUAAAUAUGUCAUCAUAAAUGUGUAUCAACCAGUAAACUUUCCUUAGAAGUUGAUUUUUAAAAACCCCAAAUUGUGGAACUAUACUUAUUUUAUUUUAUAGUAUCUCAGCCAGCUAAAAUAAUGCUCAAAAUCACUUGGUAAGGGCAAUUGCAAUUAUUCUUGAAAUGUUAAAUAUGAUGAUAAUAGAAAACAGGCUGUUUAAAAUAACUCUUCACUUGGGGGACAAAUGUAAUAUCCGGGCUGCAAACUCUUACAGAGAAAUAUUACCUUAGAAAAAUAUUUUUCUUCACAUUGAAAUGUUUGUAAGUUGCUUCCUCACACGAAUUAGAAAAUUUGAUCACUGGUUUAGUCUGUAGCCCAGAAAAGCCUGCUAACUCACAUACCUCCUGACCUUUCAAAGGGAAGUAUAUACGUAGGAGUAAUUCCAGUAUGCGCCAACAGAUGGCACCAAUCUGUUUCUAAGGUAUCGCUUUACUCAAUUUUAAACUAAGAACUUGUGUUUGUCAAGCAUUUACAAUUGUAUUUCCGCUCAUUUACAAGUUAUUUUCUCUUCUUCUGAAAAAGAGAUCCUGAAUUUGGACUCAUAUCAAGAUGCUGUAAAGAACAACAACCCUUUAGGAUAGCCACUGCAACAUCAUGACCAAAGACAAAGAACCUGUUGUUAAAAGCUUCCAUUUUGUUUGCCUUAUGAUCAUAAUAGUUGGAACCAGAAUCCAGUUCUCCGACGGAAGUGAAUUUGCAGUAGACAAGUCAAAAAGAGGUCUUACUCAUGUUCCAAAAGACCUACCGCCGAAAACCAAAGUCUUAGAUAUGUCUCACAACUACAUAGCUGAGCUUCAGGUCUCUGACAUGAGCUUUCUGUCAGAGUUGAAAGUUUUGAGACUUUCCCAUAACAAAAUCCAGCUACUUGAUUUAAGUGUUUUCAAGUUCAACCAGGACUUGGAAUAUUUGGAUUUAUCUCAUAAUCAGUUGCAAAAGAUAUCCUGCCAUCCUAUUAUGAGUUUCAGGCAUUUAGAUCUCUCAUUCAAUGACUUCAAGGCCCUGCCCAUCUGUAAGCAAUUUGGCAACUUGUCACAACUGAAUUUCUUGGGGUUGAGUGCUACGAAGUUACAAAAAUUAGAUUUACUGCCAAUUGCUCACUUGCAUCUAAGUUACAUCCUUCUGGAUUUAAGAAAUUAUUAUAUAAAAGAAAAUGAGACAGAAAGUCUACAAAUCCUGAAUGCAAAAACACUUCACCUUGUUUUUCACCCAACUAGUUUAUUCUCUAUCCAAGUGAACAUAUCAGUUAAUACUUUAGGGUGCUUACAACUGACUAAUAUUAAAUUGAAUGAUGACAACUGUCAAGUUUUCAUUAAAUUUUUAUUAGAACUCACUAGAGGUCCAACCUUACUGAAUUUUACCCUCAAUCACAUAGAAACAACUUGGAAAUGCCUGGUGAGAGUCUUUCGAUUUCUUUGGCCCAAACCUGUGGAAUAUCUCAAUAUUUACAAUUUAACAAUAAUUGAAAGCAUUCAUGAAGAAGAUUUUACUUAUUCUAAAACGACAUUGAAAGCAUUGAAAAUAGAACAUAUCACGAACCAAGUUUUUAUCUUUUCACAGACAGCAUUGUACACCGUGUUUUCUGAGAUGAACAUUAUGAUGUUAACCAUUUCAGAUACACCUUUUAUACACAUGCUGUGUCCUCAUGCACCAAGCACAUUCAAGGUUUUGAACUUUACGCAGAAUGUUUUCACAGAUAGUAUUUUUGAAAAAUGUUCCACGUUAGUUAAAUUGGAGACACUUAUCUUACAAAAGAAUGGAUUAAAAGACCUUUUCAAAGUAGGUCUCAUGACUAAGGAUAUGCCAUCUUUAGAAAUACUGGAUGUUAGCUGGAAUUCUUUGGAAUCUGGUAGACAUAAGGAAAACUGCACUUGGGUUGAGAGUAUAGUGGUGUUAAAUUUGUCUUCAAAUAUACUUACUGACUCUGUUUUCAGAUGUUUACCUCCAAGGAUCAAGGUACUUGAUCUUCACAACAAUAAAAUAAAGAGCAUUCCUAAACAAGUCGUAAAACUGGAAGCUUUGCAAGAACUCAAUGUUGCUUUCAAUUCUUUAACCGACCUUCCUGGAUGUGGCAGCUUUAGCAGCCUUUCUGUAUUGAUCAUUGAUCACAAUUCAGUUUCCCACCCAUCAGCUGAUUUCUUCCAGAGCUGCCAGAAGAUGAGGUCAAUAAAAGCAGGGAACAAUCCAUUCCAGUGUACCUGUGAGCUAAGAGAAUUUGUCAAAAAUAUAGAGCAAGUAUCAAGUGAAGUGGUAGAGGGCUGGCCUGAUUUUUAUAAGUGUGACUACCCAGAAAAUUUUAGAGGAACCCCACUAAAAGACUUUCACAUGUCUGAAUUAUCCUGCAACAUAACUCUGCUGAUCGUCACCAUCGGUGCCACCAUGCUGGUGUUGGCUGUGACUGUGACCUUCCUCUGCAUCUACUUGGAUCUGCCCUGGUGUAUCAGGAUGGUGUGCCAGUGGACCCAGACCCGGCGCAGGGCCAGGAACGUACCCUUAGAAGAACUCCAAAGAAAUCUCCAGUUUCAUGCAUUUAUUUCAUAUAGUGAACAUGAUUCUGCCUGGGUGAAAAAUGAAUUGGUACCUUACCUAGAGAAAGAAGGUAUGCAGAUUUGCCUUCAUGAGAGAAACUUUGUUCCUGGUAAGAGCAUUGUGGAAAAUAUCAUCAACUGCAUUGAGAAGAGUUACAAGGCCAUCUUUGUUUUGUCUCCCAACUUUGUCCAGAGUGAGUGGUGCCAUUAUGAACUCUACUUUGCCCAUCACAAUCUGUUUCAUGAAGGAUCUAAUAACCUAAUCCUCAUCUUACUGGAACCCAUUCCACAGAACAGCAUUCCCAACAAGUACCACAAGCUGAGGGCUCUGAUGAUGCAGAGGACUUAUUUGCAAUGGCCCAAGGAGAAAAGCAAACGUGGGCUCUUUUGGGCUAACAUUAGAGCCACUUUUAAUGUGAAAUUAACACUAGUCACUGAAAACAAUGAUGUGAAAUCUUAAAAAAAAAAUUAGAAAACUCAACUUAAGAAACCAUAUUUACUUGGAUGAUGGUGCACAGUACAGUUCUAAGUAACCUCCAUUAUCCUCAUGCCUUCGGGAAAGACUUAACAAAAACAACGUUUCAUCUGGGGAAUUGGGCUAGGCGGUGAGGUGGUACUCAACUUGCCAGUUAGAGACAGCCCGGUCUCUUCUGGGUUUAGUCAUUAUGUCUCAAAUUGAAACAGUCUCUUUUGAGUGAAUUCUCAGUUUUUCAGCCCCUCUCCGCUCUGCUUUCCCAAAUGGAUUCUGUGUGAGCAAGAGUUUAUAUGGCUUCAUGGCAGCAAGGAAACAGUCAACCUCAGCGACACAUGCACUGGUCCUCAGAGAGCCCUGUGAAUCCUAUUGGUUUCUGGGUCAGCGUCAUCAUUCUCUUCAAGUUUGGGGCUUGGGGAAAAAAUUAGAUCAGCUACGGCAUAUAAAAAAGUCUUUUGUUUCACAUAUGUGUAAUAACUUAUUUAUUUUUUUAUCCCGCUACACAAAUAUGUAAUUAACCAAUGAGGACUCAUGACGUAAUAGUGUAUGUAUGUAAAGGGAAAUAUGGACUUAGUCAUAAACUGUUAAGGUGAAAGACGUGGAUUUACUUGCUUUCCAAGAAAACUCAGGGCCAAAUUUAUUUGUAAAUGGGUAUUGAAUGGGACUUUUCUGGUUGUCUUAGAAUUCUGGCUAAAGCCUCAAAGCUAACAAGACAGUAACUGCACCCACAUGGUACUAGACACAGCCAGCCUGAACUUAUCAAAAGAGCAGAAAGAGACCAAUGACUCCCUAUCUGUAUUAUCCAUCUCUAGAGACUAGAGUCAAAAGCAUGAUUAAAGAGUCAUUAAGCGGAGGUUCUAGACCAUAGGGAGGUUGCUUUGAAUUUCUUGCAGACAAGUGUGAGGGACUCUAAGCACAGUAGAAAGUAGCCUGGCAUCCCACUCCAAGACUGAAAGCUUGCAGAGUAACAGGAGCACACGGGUUCAGCGCAGCAAAUGUGGUGUGGCUUGAGAACUCUUGGAAGAGCUUGAUGAGUGUUUGCUGGAGUUUGGGAUGAGGGUGGGCACUGGGAACACAGAGACUGGUAAAUAGUGCUUAGCAAAUACAAGUGCUUGAUAAA